CAAUACUCUUGCCAUGGCCAGCAAUAUGCACAAUACUCGUUUAUUGCGUUUUCUACUUGUUGUAUCCAUUGUUGUUCUAACCAUAUUCAUCUAUGCCUCAUAUUCAUCAACACAGACACUGGCGCCGCCGCCCAUGCGCAAUAGCGCUGCAAUGGCCUCCUCACUGAUGGCCUUUUCAAUGGCGAAUAAAAGCAACAGCAUCAGCAGUAUUGCAAGCGGCGGUGGAGACAGUGGCAUCAGCAACAACAUUGUUGAUGUCUUGGAACCGGCCAGUGCCAAUGUCAAGAACAACAGGGCUGCUCCAUCAUUUAUACGUUAUGAAAAUUUACCAUCUGCCAGUCAUGGCAAUGAUCAGAUUGUCAUUAAAAAAUUACCACAUCAUCGUGUGCCCACCAUUGAUGAAAAUGCUAUAGAUGGUGAUGGUAAUCCAGGUGCAGGUACUGAUGGCGCCGGCACUGCUUCUGGAGGAGAUGCUGGUGGUGCUGGAGCGGGCGUCGAUGAUUUGACCCUUGGUGUUGGCGGCGGUAUAGGUGGUGAUGAUACUGCCUUGGAUCAUUUUAAUAAUCAAAACAAUGAUCUGCUACAGGAGGAACAAUAUGUUCAAGCUGUCGAUAAUAAUUUGGUUAAUAUCAACAAUUCCAUAGCAUCAGCCGGUACUGGUACAGGGGGAGCAGCAGCAGUAGAUAACAAACAGCAGCAAUCACCUGAAGUUCAAAAAGCGCAACAACAACAAAAUAAAAUAUCCGAUUCUGAUGUUCUGAUACCAACAUCAAAUCUGCAAAAAUUCAUAGAGAGUGCCGAUAAAAUAUUGAAAAAUAUCUCAAGUCAGCAUCCGGUGAUGGCCAAUGUAGAUGCCAUAAAUAAAUCCCCUGAUAAAUAUUAUCUACCAUUGGAUCCAAAUAAUGAGGAUAAUGAACUACUCGAUGAUAAUGAUGAGGCACAGCAGCCCUCUGUUAUAAUGACAAUUAAAGGUGGUGGUGCCGGUUCUACUGGCGAUAUUCUAAGCAGUUUAACUAAAAAUAAUAAUAACAGCAACAAAAAUGAGACUCCAAAAGCACCACCUUCACCACCACAACAAUCGCAAAAAACUGAAGCAUCCAAACAACCACCACACGCAUCGGCGGCAGCAUCAUCAUCAUCAUCUGCCGUAGCAGGACCUCCACAACAAGCAGUUGUAACACCAAAGCAACCAGCACAUACAUCCGAUCCAACACAAGGUAUACCCACACAACAGAUCUACGAACCGGGUCACAUGAACGAAGAAAUCGAUAUUGAACAAAUUUGCCCCAACAAGGGUGACAAAUUGAAGCUGCUAAUACUCAUAACAUCAGCCCAGACCCACACCGAGGCACGACUGGCCAUACGACAGACAUGGGGUCAUUUUGGUACACGUCGUGAUGUUUCCACCGCUUUUAUAUUGGGUCGCACCACCAACGCCACCAUCAACGAAGCCCUCACCCAAGAGAAUAUGAUUUAUGGUGACCUGAUACGUGGUCACUUCAUUGAUUCAUAUAAUAAUUUAACACUGAAAACGUUGUCAUCACUGGAGUGGGUCGACAAUCAUUGUCCCAAGGCGAAAUACAUACUGAAAACCGAUGACGAUAUGUUCAUUAACGUGCCCAAACUAUUGCAAUUCUUGGAUUCGCAUUCGAAAGAUAAACGGGUCAUAUACGGUCGAUUGGCCAAGAAAUGGAAACCCAUACGGAAUAAGAAAUCGAAAUAUUACAUUUCGACGGGACAAUUUAGUGCCGCCGUGUUUCCCCCCUUCACCACCGGUCCAGCCUAUGUGCUGACAAGUGAUAUUGUCCAUGAGCUGUAUGUGAGAUCGUUGCAUCAGGUCUAUUUGAAAUUGGAAGAUGUCUUUACGACGGGCAUUGUGGCCCAACAGUUGGGCAUUAAACGUGUCCAUGUCAAUGAAUUCCUUAAUCGACGUAUAGCCUUUAAUCCUUGUAAUAUACGAAAAUCAAUAUCCGUGCAUAUGAUUAAGGCAAAUGAACAAUUCGAUUUGUGGAAGAAGCUGCUGGAUCAGACCACAAAAUGUAAAUAGUAUUUUAAUGUUAGAAUAUUUUAAGUUAAUUAAAAAACAAACAUAAAUAUAUAUAGCCAUCCACAC